UUAAGAAAGCCCCCCCACUCAUGAGAUAAACCGGAAGAGACAAUGCCAAAUUAUUGAGAAGCGCCUUUAAGAACGUCUCUCCAAUUACGAGGGGAACCGGAAGGGAAAUAAACAAAUAACCCUCAGUCACCUUAAUAACAGACAGGAAGUGAUUUAAACGGAAGAGAAACCAUAGAGAGAAGAAAGCCAGACGGAACAGAGUAAACUCUAUACCGGCUAGCUAAACAAUGAAGAUGGCGAUUGCCUGGUGACAACGGAGCAAAAACAAACCGGUAGGCAAACGGACUCUUCCUCUAACAGUUAAUUAACAAGAUAACAACCAGUGCUGCCUGAGGUUAACUCAUAGAGCAAAACAAACCAUGAGUACCAGGAGAAAUACUGGAGAGAGUAAGAGUACAAAAGUGACAGUGAACCUAGCAGGGGCAACACCAGAGAAGCCACAAGAGAGUGAAGCCAAAAUGGACAAACUAGAGCAAAUGUUAUGCUCUGUACUGCAAUUACAAACAGAAACUAAGGAACAACUAGCCAGAUUUCAAAAAGAGACAAAAGAGCAAUGCGUAAAAAUAGAAUUAGAAAUAAUGAACAUCACAAAAGAAGUGAAGGAAAACUCCAGCCACUGCAAGAAGAUAGAUGAGACCUUAAGUCAGAUAAGGUCAGCAUUAAAUGAACAUGCAGAGCAUAUAGAAGAGAUAGAAGAUAAAAUGGAUGUAUACAAAGAACAACAAGGAAAACAAGCAGAAUACAUCGCUAUGUUGGAACUGAAACAAAAGGAGACUUACCUGAGAAUUAGAGGCUUACCUGAAAUGAACAACGAAAACCUGUUAAAACGUAUCUUACCGCUAUUACAGGAAGUCUGGAGCCUAGAAGAGGACGACGCAGUUAAAGAAAUAGAUAGACUGUAUAGAGUCAACUCAAAGAUUGCACCUGACAGGAAACUGCCAAGAGACAUUAUUAUAAAUUGCGUCCGGAAGAGUCUUAGAGACGAGAUCUUGAGGUAUCAUGCAUCAUCUCGAAUUCAACUAGAAGGCACAAAUUUGAUUAUCCUCAAAGAAAUCCCUACAAUAAUUAGGAAGAAAAGGAAAGACUAUAAAGACUUGGCUGACACCUUACGCACGAACAACAUCAGAUUUAGAUGGAAUACACCAGAAGGCCUUUCAUUCCAAAUGGACUCUAAAUACUUCAACAUCAAUUCAGUGGCGAAGGCACAGGACUUUUUGGCAAGGAAUUCGAAGAAUCUGCGACCCAUAGAUACCCAGGGGUUUCUAAUUACUUAUCAAUAGGAUGCGGAAUGACUUCGCGUACAAGGAUGUGUGAACCUUGUUUUUUAUGUUUUAAUUAAUAAAGAUAUUCUAAACAAAAAAAAGAA